UAACGACGUAAAGAAAUUUUACUGCUCCGUAUCACAAUCCCUGUCAAAAUGACAAAAAAAAAAGAUUGACGCUGACACCAGACAAAAUUGAUACAGAGACGGUGCAUCGGCCAUAGCCCAUUACCGUCGACUGGACCUGACGGCUCCCCCUUUUCACAGCGACUUUUCUUCGGCCGCCAAAUCCUUCCAAAUUGGUGACGGCAGCCGUGACAAAACAACCACCCGUUCCGUUCGUGGAUGGUCAACCCCCCUCGCAUUCGUCUGUCUCCCGUUUCCACAUCGCAACCCCACGUCCCCUGCCUGUCUCGAACCGGACCGGUGAAUUUUACCAUGUGUGUAAUUUUGGUACUCUACUCUCAGUGGAAAUCCGAUUCUGACUCUUAUAAAUAUGUCCUCUUCCAUGCUCGGUCCUCCAUUUCUCAAAGGAAUUCGGGUCAACCAUAGCCGGCAUCCGAACAGGGGAAGCAUAAGAAGAAGACCAAGAACCGAAGAAGAGAGUAGAGAAUUCGAACUUCGAAGAGUGAAAUUCAAUACGGUAUGGAGUUUUUACCUCCCGGAUUCCGAUUCCAUCCUACCGACGAGGAGCUGGUGGUGCACUAUCUAUGCCGGAAAUGCGCGGCCCAGUCCGUCGCCGUUCCCAUCAUCGCCGAGAUCGACCUCUAUAAGUUCGACCCGUGGCAGCUUCCCGAGAUGGCUUUGUACGGUGAAAAAGAGUGGUACUUCUUCUCUCCGAGGGACCGGAAGUACCCGAACGGUUCACGCCCGAACCGGGCUGCCGGGACAGGGUACUGGAAGGCAACCGGAGCCGACAAGCCCGUCGGGAAACCGAAAACGUUAGGGAUAAAGAAGGCGCUGGUUUUCUACGCCGGGAAAGCUCCUAGAGGAAUAAAGACAAACUGGAUUAUGCAUGAGUAUAGGCUCGCCAACGUCGACCGUUCUCCAGCCUGCAAGAGAAACAAUCUGAGGCUUGAUGACUGGGUACUGUGCCGAAUAUACAACAAGAAGGGAACUCUUGAGAAUUACUCACACUAUGGUGGCGACGGUAGCAGUAUGGACGAAAAGGAAUUCCAUUUCCCAGAAGCCGAAGAAGAUCAUAAGCCCAAAAUAAUCAGCCCUUUUAAUGGGAUGCCUAGGCAAGCAGGCAUUCUUCAGACAGGCUCAAGUUGCUGCUGCUCAGAGCAAAUACAAUCGUCAUGUGACAAAGAGGUCCAGAGUGCCGCCCCUAAAUGGGACGACAAAGAAGACGUUCAUGUCCAGCUACUCAACA